AGAGGCUGGUCGCCUACAGCUAGAAGGUCAAAGCGACGCGGUGUAUGCUGGGAAGGCAGAGUCGUCCUCCGGUGGCGCCAUCUUGUUUCUCUGAGGGGGCACCGGGGCCAGCACGGAGAGGAUGAAGGGGAUCCCGACUAUCGCGCGUUCCCUCUCGAAGAGGUUUUAUUCUCUCAGCGUUGCUCCCAAAGUUGAAGCAUCAGCAACUGCAGAGCGAGGAAAGUUACGUCUACAGCCACAGGAUCUCGAGAUCGCAAAAUUACCAAAUGGUUUAGUGAUUGCAUCUCUGGAAAACUAUUCCCCUGCUUCAAGAAUUGGUGUGUUCAUUAAAGCAGGUAGCAGAUAUGAAACCACCAACAAUUUGGGAACCUCCCAUUUGCUCCGUCUUGCAUCAAACUUGACUACUAAGGGAGCCUCUUCCUUCAAAAUUACUCGUGGCAUUGAAGCUGUUGGAGGUAACCUAAGUGUAACCUCCACAAGAGAAAACAUGAUUUAUUGUGUUGAAUGCCUACGUGACUAUGUUGAUACAGUAAUGGAGUACCUAAUUAAUGUCACUACAGCUCCAGAAUUCAGACCUUGGGAAGUAACAGAGCUUCAGGCACAACUAAAAGUUGAUAAAGCAGUUGCCUUUCAAAAUCCACAAGUUAGUGUUCUUGAAAACUUGCAUGCUGCAGCUUAUCGGAAUGCUCUUGCUAACUCCUUGUACUGUCCAGAUUAUGCAAUUGGGAAAAUUACACCGGAGCAGCUGCACCAGUUUGUACAGAACAACUUCACAAGUGCAAGAAUGGCUCUGGUGGGACUAGGUGUAAGCCAUUCUGAACUAAAACAAGUUGGAGAGCAAUUUCUAAAUAUCAGGAGCGGGGCUGGUUCUUCUGGUGUUAAGGCCCAAUAUCGUGGAGGUGAAAUCAGGGAACAGAACGGUGAAAGCCUUGUCCAUGCUGCCAUAGUAGCAGAAGGAGUUGCUACUGGAAGUGCAGAAGCAAAUGCGUUCAGUGUCCUUCAGCAUAUUCUAGGUGCAGGGCCUCUUAUUAAAAGGGGAAGCAAUAUUUCCAGCAAACUUUUCCAGGCUAUCGCUAAGGCAACUAAUCAACCAUUUGAUGCUGCAGCAUUUAAUGUUAAUUACUCUGAUUCUGGACUCUUUGGGAUUUAUACUAUAUCCCAGGCUUCUGCUGCUGGGGAGGUCAUUAAGGCUGCUUUGAACCAGGUAAAGGCAAUUGCUCAGGGCAGUAUCACUGAUGAAGAUGUCACAAGGGCUAAAAAUCAUCUGAAAGCCAGGUACUUGAUGUUAGUUGAGACCUCAGACGGAUUACUUGAUGAAAUCGGUUCAGAGGCAUUGGCAUCUGGUAUAUAUACAUCACCAACAGCUGUAAUUCAAAACAUUGACUCCAUAGCCACUGCUGAUAUUGUGAAUGCUGCAAAGAAGUUUGUUGAUGGGAAGAAAUCAAUGGCAGCUAGCGGGAACUUGGGAAAUACCCCUUUUGUUGAUGAGUUGUAGUAGGAAACAAAACUGAGGCAGAUUCAAAGUGGACUCUUCUCACUGUAUGCCAAUUAUAUUAUACAUAAGUUACAAUCAACCUGUUUCUGAAUUCAAAUGUCAAGAAUAUGAAUCUAGAUAAUUAACUUGUGGGCUUGCAUAUAUUGAAUAAAGUGCUGAGUUCAUAUGCUUAGUUUUUGUUAAUAUAUUUAUCUACUGAAAGUAAGGUCUGUAUAAGUAUGGAAACAUUGAACAUUAUUGAUUAAAAAUAUUUAAAUAUAGUGAAACAAUGA